AAAAGACUUAUUUGUUAUCAUCUUUCAUCCACCCUCCUGUGCGCUAGUUUCCCACUGAGCAAGCCUCAACUUGCUAGCAAAUGGGUGCACAGCCUAGGAAUGAAAAAUUUCAUCCCAACUGCCAACACCUGCCUCUGUUCGGAGCAUUUCAGGACCGACUGCUUCAGGGACUACAACGGCAAACAGUUUCUGAGGGAAGAUGCCGUCCCCACCAUAUUCGCUCAGGGACAGGAUUCAUCGAAGAUUGAACUCCGUAAAAGAGGGGUGAUACCAAAGGAGACAAAUGUGGCAAAUCAAAUGGGAACACCGAAACCAGCAGACAGAGACAGAGUGAGAGAGGCUGCCAAUCUACGCAAAGACAAAAGAGGAGGAAUGAGGGGUGGACGUGGAGGCCGAGGUGGAAAGCUGUCUGACAGGCAGGCUGUUGGAGCUAAAAGCAGAGUGUAUGACAGCAAAGGUCGACUGCUCUCCAACGGCAAGGACAUGUGUGACUGUCUGGAUGUGGACUGUAUGGGCUGCUUCUACCCCUGCCCUGAGUGCAGCUCACGCAAGUGUGGAGUCGAGUGCCGCUGCGACAGGAAGUGGCUUUAUGAGCAGGUCGAGGUGGAGGGCGGAGAGAUCAUCCGGAACAAGUUUGCUGUUUAGUUAGCAGUGACUCUUAGGCUUUAAAUACUCAGUGGUGUUAUUAGGAGGCUUGUGGGGAUCAAGCUUUCUUCCUGAACUUAGCUGUGGGGUCAUGCUGAUGGACCACUCAAAACUGUGAUAUUUUUUUUGUAAAUAAUAUUCCACGCUGGUAACUGAUAUUUAUGUUUUUGCAUAUUGCCUGUAAAUAGAAAUAUGUAGAACAAGGUAGGUAUUCUACUGUGCAUUUUGUUGGUCUUAAAAUAUUGUUCUUCUUUUCUUAAUAGUUUUUGGGAAAUAUAAACAACAAAUUUGUAAACUAUGCAGUAGGUAAGUGACAUAUAGUAAAACAAACAAAACAAUGCACAUCGGUAGUUGUGAAUUUCUUAGAAGAAAAACAUCUAUUAAAGUACUACACCACU